AUCAUCUCCAUUUAUUCAGCCUUAAAAGAUAUGUCAUAAAUUUAUAUAUAAUGGGAUGUGAUAUUGGUGAUCUUCGUGAUCUUCAACGUGGAUUCUUGGCCUUUUUCAGAUAAGUUUCUAUGUAUCUCCUGUGUUGAAGAGCAAUGAGGUUGGGUGAUUUUCUUUUGGAUUGGAUUUGAUUUGAUUUGAUUUUUCUUGUAUUUUUCCAUAAAUUUUGGGUGAUUUUGGAGUUGUUUGUCUCUGCACUUGGGGUUUCUCUCUUUCCUUUUCUUUUCCCAAAUUGCGAAUCUUCUUGAGUAAAUUUUUUGGCUGGGAGUUGGGUUUCUUGGUGGGUAUUUCGGGGGUGUGAUAUUUGGGUAUGAAAUGGUGUUGCUUUCCUGAGGAUCUGUGUCCAAUUUGGGAGGGAAAAGGGGACAUGGGUAUGGUUGAUUCUGAACUCAAGACUCCAUGAAAGCUUAGAGAAAGUGGCUUCUACUUAGCAAGAAAUACUGUGAACUAGGGUUUCAAGGGAAAUGGGUGUAUGGGUUUGACCUGAAUUGUUGUAUUGAUCAAGCAAUGGAAGGGAAUUUGAAUAUGAUACCUGGUGGUGCGCCUUAUGGAGGUCUUGAUCUGCAAGGAGCGACACGAAUUCACCAUCAUCAACAUCCUCAUAACUUACACCAACAACACCAUUCUCACUCUCGCCAAGGGACGAUGAACCAUUCGUCCAUCCACCAUGAAGUUUUCCCACUCACAAUGGGCUCAAUGCAAGAUUGUGACCAGUCCAUUUCGAUGGCUGAUUACAAUAAGGGGGAGAAGGGGAAGGCCCUGACAAGUGAUGAGGAUGAACCAAGCUUUAAUGAAGAUGCAAUUGAUGGGCACAAUGAUCCCAAUAGAGGAAAAAAAGGGUCACCAUGGCAGCGGGUGAAGUGGACUGAUAAGAUGGUGAGGCUUUUGAUAACGGCUGUUUCUUAUAUUGGUGAGGAUGCUGCCUCUGAAUGUGGUGUUGGUGGGAGAAGGAAGUAUGCAAUUUUACAGAAAAAGGGCAAGUGGAAAUCGGUGUCAAAGGUUAUGGCUGAAAGGGGUCAUUACGUUUCACCACAGCAGUGUGAGGAUAAGUUCAAUGAUCUUAACAAAAGGUAUAAGAGACUUAAUGAUGUGCUAGGGAGGGGCACCUCCUGUCAGGUUGUUGAGAAUCCCGCACUUUUGGAUAUGAUGGAUCACUUAACAGAGAAAACGAAGGAGGAUGUUAGGAAAAUUUUGAGCUCAAAGCAUUUGUUCUAUGAAGAGAUGUGUUCAUACCAUAAUGGAAAUCGAUUGCAUUUGCCUCCUGACCCAGCAUUGCAGCGAUCUUUGCAGUUGGCUCUUAGAAGUAGAGAUGAGCAUGAUAAUAGUGAUAUGAGGAGGCACCCACAUGAUGAUCUUGAUGAAGAUGAUCACGAUGCUGAAGUGGAUGACCAUGAUGAAUUUGAGGAGAGUCAUGCUUUACAUGGUGAUAACAGAGGAGUAUAUGGGAUGCCUGUGAAGAGGAUGAAACAAGGACAGAACCAGGAAGAUUUUAGUUUUGGGAAUCCCUCAAAUUCCCAGGACUGCAAUAGAAGUCCUCAUCCUCAAAGUGCUCAUGUUGAUAUGAAUCAAGUGUACCCUGUAGGCUCAGCAGAAGAUUUGUUACAGAAGCAGUGGAUGAGAUCCCGCUCACUUCAAUUAGAAGAACAGAAGCUACAAAUUCAAGAACAGAUGUUGGAAUUGGAAAAACAGCGGUUCAAGUGGCAAAGAUUUUGCAGGAAAAAAGACAGGGACUUGGAUAAGCUGAGAAUGGAAAAUGAGAGGAUGAAGCUUGAAAAUGAGCGCAUGGCUUUGGAAUUGAAGCAGAAGGAGAUGGGUGCCAACUAUAACUAAAUGGCUGUUGUUGAACUUGAUUUGUCAAUGUAUCAGGACUUGCAUGCAACAAACUUUCUUUUGUUGUUGGUAAGCUGCUAUUGAUCUUAAUUGGAGUGUUGCAUGAUUGAUGGAAGAACUUUGUUGGAAUCAUAUCCAUCUCUACCUGCAUAUAUUGUGUGAUAUUAGGAUAGUGUAAACCACCUGUGGGUUUCUUGCUGUUUUGCCUACAACCCAAUGGUAUUGCCUGAGAGUGAAGAAUUUAUGGCCAGAAACUUUUGUUUUUGUAUUGGGUUUGUGUUUUCACUGUAACCUUGAUAGUUUAAUAUCAGACUUUUUUUGGCUGUUCCUUUUGAUGAAAUUCAUAUGUAUUGUUUCUUUUUCCCAAUCUUUAUUGUUAGAACUAUUGUGAUUUUCAGUGGCCCACUGAACGUUAUUGUUCAGUUGGUUGUCUUUUCUGUUCGGCUCCUAGACUUUGAAUUUCAAAUGCUGUGAAUUCCAUUC